UAACCUAUUAAAGUAAAAAGUUGAAAGAUUUUAAAAAUUUGUAAACACAGAAUUGUUAAUAUUUCGCUUGGUGACUAAAAUCCAUAUUUUUGUGGAAGAAAUCUACCAAACAUCACACACAAAAUGGAACCAGAAAAAGUUACCAUGUUGAGGUAUAGGGGCUCUAAACUGAGUAAAGUUAAAAAAUUUGAUAUAUUUCAUAAAGUCGAGGAACCAUUCAUUGAAAGCUCUUCUGUGGGUGGAACAUUUUCCAUAAUAACCUUUCUACUCAUUUUAUGGCUAAUAUAUUUGGAGAUAAACUAUUUCCUGGAUAGCAAAUUCAUAUUCAAAUUUUCUCCAGAUGUGGAAUUGGAUGAACAGUUGAAAAUUAAUGUUGAUAUCACUGUUGCUAUGCCUUGCCAUUUUUUAGGAGCAGAUAUUCUUGAUUCAACGAAUCAAAAUGCCUUCAAAUUUGGAUCUUUAGAGGAAGAAGACACCUGGUUUGAACUUGCUCCAAACCAAAAAUUACAUUUUGACAAUAAAAAACACUUCAACUCUUAUCUUCGUGAAGAAUAUCAUGCAAUCAAAGAUCUCUUAUGGAGAAGUCAAUUCUCCACAAAUUUUGGUGAUAUUCCUGCUAGAAGUGAAAUACCAAAUAGACCUCAUGAUGCAUGCAGAAUUCAUGGAAGUCUCAUUCUCAACAAAGUUGCUGGUAAUUUCCAUAUAACAGCAGGUAAAAGUUUACAUUUGCCCAGGGGUCAUGUACACAUAAAUGCUUUCAUGUCUGAGAGAGAUUAUAAUUUUUCACACAGGAUUAACAAGUUCAGUUUUGGAGAUCCUAGCCCUGGUAUUGUGCAUCCUCUAGAGGGAGAUGAGUUGAUUGGGAGUUAUGGCAAGACUCUGUUCAACUACUUCAUCGAAAUAGUACCAACAAAUGUUAACACAUUCCUGACUUCACUCAAUACUUAUCAAUACAGUGCUAAGGUUCUAAAUAGACCAAUCGACCAUGACAAAGGAAGUCACGGUAUUCCUGGCCUGUUCUUCAAAUAUGACGUGUCCGCCUUAAGGGUGUCAGUCAAACAAGAGAGAGACAAUUUGGGCAUGUUUCUUGCCCGGCUGGCUUCCAUUGUCGGAGGAGUUUUUGUAUGCUCGGGUAUGCUGAAUAGACUGGUUCAAUUAUUCAUCAACUUUGUAAUGUGCAACUGGGGAAACCGUAUCAUUGAUAAAGGCAACAUUCAGCAGGUUAAUAACAGAGUUCCUCUCAUAGAUGAUAUAUCGACACAGAUUGUUCAAGUUUCAUGAGAUCUGGUUAUUUCCAUAAUGACAAUAAGUGGUUGUAUUGAUUGUUCCUGUUUAUUUGUACACAUUCUUCGUCAUAAAUUAUUGUAAUUUCA